AGGAAAGCUCCUCACCUAAUAAACCAUCUUGUUAGUCUUUCAAGUGCUGCAUAGUUCCCGUCUUUUGUUUUAGAAAGUCUCAGUUCGUGUUGUCGCCUCCUUUCUGCCAGCUCUUGUUUGCCUGAUAUCCAAUGUUGUUUCCAUUGAUUUCCAUGGAUUGGCUUCUCCAUGACCAGACCAGGGUAUCCAAUCCGGGUGUCUUGCAUUGCAAAGCCAAAUGAACGUGGGGGAUAGCCCAACUAAGAGUCGGCUUUAAUGAAGAUGAAUAACUGUUAACUUAAUAGUCUGAUAUUCUUAAAUCCUCCCAGCUAAUGUUUAUUUCUAGUGCAUCUAACGUUUUUGUGAAUUUGAUGUUUCAGAUCCAGUGCUAGGCUCUAUGGCUGCAAUUUACUCUGGAAUUCAUCUGAAGUUGAAAAGUGCAAAAACCUCUUGGGAAGACAAAAUUAAAUUAGCUCAUUUUGCAUGGAUUUCUCAUCAAUGCUUUCUUCCAAAUAAAGAACAGGUAUUACUUGAUUGGGUGAGCCAUGCGUUGGCUUCGUAUUACACCAAGAAACUUGAACUGGAGGAUGAAAUUGUUGAGAAACUUUGGACGUACCUGGAUAACAUUCUUCAUAGCAGAAAACUACAGAAUCUCUUAAAGGAUGGAAAGAUAAUCAACCUCAGUUUUUCAAUUGCACAGGUCAUAAACGAAAGGAUUUCAGAGUCAUGUGCUCAAAAAUCCCACAAAAAUGUUGGCACAGUGCUGAGUUGUUGCAGGGGCAUCCUUUCCACUCCACCUCUCUCCAUCAUUUAUACAGCAAAAUAUGAGCUCAUGGUGAAUCUCCUAAGUAAGCUUUCCUGGCUGGCCUGUCAGUGGCUGACCUCAGAAGAUGCUGUGACCUUCCAGUUAUUUGAUGUCCUCCAAUUGACCUUCACUCAGUACCUCCUGAUUCAGAGGCAACAGAUCAACCCAAACCGGGUGUUUGGACAAGUGACCAGUCACUUAUUUCAACCAGCUCUGCUCCUAAGGCAUUUGCUUAUGGCCAGAGUAUGGACACCAGCAGAUGAUGGCCGUGUACGUCAGCAUCUGAGCAGGGAAAUCCGAAAUCAAAUAGAGGCCAUGCUGCAGACAGGGAUUUUCCAGCCUGAACUCUUGUCAUCUUACAGAGAGGAGCUCCUACCCGAGAGGGAACUGCAAGAGAAAAAGAAAAGAGCUCUUAAGACUAUUCUGCUGCCGGUCAGUACAGUGCUGUCUAAGCUGCACGAUGCUAGUUUUUGUGAACCAGCUCUCCAGGUGAUCAUAAUAGCAAAUUCAGUACCUCUGAUUUAUAAGCUCUUUUUGGACUCUUACUGUAAGGCAGAAAACCACUUGGUUUGUUUCCACAUGUGUACCAGGCUUUUUGGCUGUCUAAGGAUUUCUCACCUGCAGGAGGAUCUAUGGCAGGAGAUGCUCUCGCCCACAGAUUGGAGCACAGAACUGCUUGCUAUAGAACAGCUCCUGAACUUGGUUCUCAGCAAUGAUAUCUAUAACGUUGCCGCUGACCGGAUCAGGCACAAGGAUAUUCAGUUCCAGUUUUACCGCAAGCUUGCAGAAAUGUUGGUGAAUCACUCACAGGCUACUGUCCCAGCUUGGUUUAGGUGUCUCAAGGCCUUGAUUUCGUUAAAUCAUUUAAUUGUGGAGCCAGAUCUGGAUGACCUAGUGGCCUCCGCUUGGAUUGAUGCAGAAGUCUCUGAGCCACGUAUAAAGAAGCCCCAGGAGACUCUCAUAAACACCAUGUUUCAGACUUACACAAAGCUGCGACAGUUCCCUAAGCUCUUCGAAGAGGUUCUGUCUGUGAUCUGCCGUCCAGCUGCUGAUGAGUUAAGGCUGCCGGUCUUGUCUGCAGGGCUGACAGCAAAACUUAGUGAGUGUCUCCUUGAGCUGCCACCGAACCAGAUUCUGGAUAUUCUGUUCCUCCUACUGGAGAAGUGUCAGACUCUAAUCAUUCCUGAUGUUAAACAGGAUUUUGACAUGGCACUGAAGCUGUUGUCUGUAAGCUCAGUGCUGCACGCUUUCCUGUUCAACAUGAAGAGUUUGGAUAAUGUCACUCCCUUACCUGUUGUCCUUCGCACUCAGAAUCUGUUGGACAAGAUGCAGAGAGAGGUAAUCCAGCCAUUGCUGGACCUAUUGAAGGAUCACUGGGCAGAGGAAAAUAAACCAGGGCUAUGGCUAGAGAAGGUCAGUGACUCUGCACUCCUACUUGUCUACACAUGGGUGGAGGUUGACACUCUGCUUAGUAUAAACAGCAGUAAAUAUGUGUCUCGAUUGGCUGAAGCAACUGAUGGUGUUAGUGACUCUGCUGCAGAGAGCUGGGAUUUUUCAGCCCUUCUCCCUGGUAUGGACAGACAGGGUUGGAAGAAGAUAGUGGCGCUCUCAAGUAAUUUCUACUCAACUAGUAAAUAUUGCUUAGAACGGCUUAUGCUUCAGAAAAUAAAAAAGGUCCUAAUGCAAACCAGUUUUCAGACUGAGGCUGAUCUUUACACCUUGCAGCAAGCUGCAGCUUUCAUCCUUCAUUCUGGAAGAUCAAGCAUGAGCACGGGUGAGUCAGAACCUUGGAAUGGCAACAUUAGUGCAAUAAAUGCUCUCUCCUACCCAGCUGCUCACUGGUAUCUUGUAGUCUCAAAUCUUACAAUCCUGAUUCCUUAUCUUUCUCUGAAAGAUAUAGAGUAUGUUGCUGACAUGCUUCUGAAGACUUUGUCAUUGACUGAAGCACGGGAAGUUUCUGCAGAUCAAGAUUCCUCUAUCGUAGUUGAAAAGAUUUCGGAUGCUUUGCUACAUAGUACUUUUCUUCCAGAAAUUAAGGUGCUGCACUGUGCACUUAUAAGUCACAUUAUUCAGCAGUGCGCUGGUGUACUGUGUUCUGCUGCACAGGGCAUCGCAGAUCAGCCUAUUCAACAGCUAGCUGCAGAUAAUAUUCCAUGGCAUGAUGAAGUCUUCUCAUCUUGCAAAAUGAUUGGCACUUCAGAGGUACAGUCAGAAAACAAACAGUCAAAGGAUGAACUGUUGGUUUGUUGGACAGCAAUGGAAAAAAUUGCUCAACAUGUAUUGUUGUUAACAAGAGCUGGAGCCCCCAUUACUUUGGAAGAAGACCAGAUAGAAAGUUUUUUGCAUUUAUUAGAGAUUAUUUCUGCAUUGAAACUUGACAGUCUUUUGCCUUCAGACCAUACCCGUUGUUUUCUCUUGCUGCUAUCCUUGAUAGCCAAUACUAGAGCUAACGUCUCUUGCAGUAAGCUGCUGUCACUGAAGUUUCUAAUUACCUGCUUCCGCCUCCUCACUUGCCUACAGACUGGCAGAAGUGUCAAUUCUGUCUUUAAAGUUUUUCAUGCCAGUGAUGUUCUUGAGGCUGUCAUGACUGCCCUGUUAACAGUCAGCAAAAACUUUGCUGAUGUUUUGUCCACUCCUGACUGGAUAGAAUUUCUCCAGGUAACCCGAACCUUUUUGGAAUGCUUUCUUCAGAUGAUUGUCGAAAGGAGGCAGAGCCUGAAACUCAAUUUGGAAAAGUUCACUUCUUUCCUAGUGAGCUGCAAAUCAUAUGCUGAUGCGGACAGAGGCAAGACCUGGAACACUAUAGUCAAUCAGCUGCUCCUAGUGCCACUAACCACACUCUGCCAUGUUCUGACUCUAUACCUCCAGCAGCAGCCAGAGAAAAAACAGCAACUGACAGAAAUGCUGUCUGCUUUGUUAGAGCCAACAGUCCUCCAGACAGGAACAGCCAUCCAGUUUUGUCUUGGAAACCUCACCAAAGAUCAGCUUUUACCUUUGGCACUCAUCCCAUCUGUCACGACCCUACUGAAAGCAGAUCUGAUGACGUGUGUGGGUGGCUUUAUGAAAACAGAAGGCGGGCAAGGGAAUCCUAAAGAUCCAGGAAAAUAUCGGGAGUAUUCCCACACUGAACUGUAUCAAAAGUUUUACACACAGAUACUGAGAGAGCUGACCUUGGCAGGAGGUCAUCUGCAGUUCCUUCACUCUGCCUUGCAGUUUUUAACCGUUUUCUGCUCAGUGACAGAUCUGUAUCCUGGACAACAGACUGCUCUCACUGUGUUUCAUUCUGUAAAACAACUACUUGCCGGCCCUGACACCACAGUUCAGGUAAUUCAAGAUCUAGAAAUGCAGCUGACAGAAUUGAUGACCCACCUGAUGGAGAACUGCACUACUGAGGAGUUCUGUGUCAUGAUGAGGCUGGUGCUCCAAGGACUUGAAGUUAGCAAUAUUUGGAAACAAAAUCCUAAAGAAAUAUUGUCAGCUGUUAUGCUAAUCAAAUUGCUACUCAGCUGCCCAUUAAGUGGAGAAAAAAAGAAAGCUUUCUGGUUUACCAGCCCACAGAUCAUCACAGCUUUAGUUAUGCAAACUAAAGAGGCUUGUCAGGACCAGUUGCUGAUUCCCACCAUUGUUGUACCUAUAUUGGAGACCGUAGCAACCUUACUGAGGCAAGGAGAAGAGAUUCUCUCCAAUCCACAUCAUGUGACACUGGCAUUCAGCAUUCUUUUGACUAUCCCUGUGGGUCAUUUGAAGAUGGAGGAGUAUGGGAAUAUCUUCUUAGGAAUUCAUGAAGUCCUGUUCUCUAUACUGCAGUGUCACCCUAAGGUGAUGCUAAAAUCAGCGCCAUCUUUCCUGAACAGUUUCAAUAGGCUGGUUGUUUCCGUUAUGCACGAGGGGCGACAGAAAGGAGACAGAGGGAGCACAGAUGAAUUUGGUGUUGUAUUGAAAUGUGCGCACUUGAUAGAAAGGAUGUAUACUCACAUUGCUGCAAAAACAGAGGAGUUCACAGUGUUUUCUCCCUUCAUAGUGGCCCAGUAUGUGAUUGAACUGCAGAAGGUGACCUUACAUCCACCUGUAAAGAAACAUCUAACUGAGGGAAUUUACCACAUCCUAGACCUUUGCAUUGAACGUGACAUCAAGUUCUUAAAUGCAUCACUACAGGCGGGCGUAAGAGAAGUCUUUAAGGAAUUGUACAAUGAUUAUAUCCACUACCACAAAUCUAAAAAGCACGGGGAGAAAAAGUACACUGCAUGAUGCAGCCUUCAUAACAUUGUGUAAUCAGCAAGGAUUUGAUCUUGUGUAGAACUGAGAAACUGAUGGCCAGCAUGCUGCAGAAUCAUCCCCCCGGUUGUUUAUUUAAAAGUACAUAUUGAUAUAUCCCUGUAUGACAGGCCUCUACAGGUAUGCUAGGAAAGAGACACAUGCUUAUGUCUCAGCCCCACUGUAGAUGUGCAGAGCCCCAUUUAAAAUCUUUGAGGCUCUCGUGGGCUCUCUGCAGCCUGUCUAUAUGCUCCAUGUUACAAGAUCUGGGGGCUGAAAUAAUUUUCCUAUGCAAGCAAAGAAUGUAUUAAGUGAAAACCUUGAGCCUUUAUGCAACUGCCCUCCUGCAAUUUACAAUGGAGACCAUCACUAAACAAUGGGAGUGUGCCUCAUGCCAUAUUUUUUUACAUUCAUGACAAAUGUGUGCAGCUAUAAAAUAUUCUGUCAGUUUUUGUUACAAAAUUGUGUAAAUACAGAUUUUUAGAAAACCUGAAGUGGUGUUUGUAUUUGUCUAGCC